AUGUGUUAUCUGUUCAAUUUACAGGAAAACCUGGAACAUGUGAAGAGUGGGGGCGACUUCAAAAAUCUGGAGAAGAAACAUGAAAACCUGGAACAUGUGAAGAGUGGGAGCGACUUCAAAAAUCUGGAGAAGAAACUGGAAGAAGUCAUCCAAAAAAAGCAGCUCCUGCAAUCUUUCAUCAGACAUGCUGGAAUGAGUGAGGAGGAAGUGAUGGCGACAUACCGUGAUCAUGUCACAGAUGAAGCAUUCCAGCCAUUCAUGACUCUGAAGGACCUCGAGAAAUCUGGUGAGCUGUUUCACAGGACACAUACCCUGGCAAUCAUCGGUAGCAAGUGUCUUAUAUCCCUGAGCACCUCGAUUGUGACAAUGAAGGAGUUCUUGGAAUCCACAGUUGGAAAUUCACAGGGUUGGAUCUCAUGCAGUGUCCGAUGGAUUCGAACAGUUGACUUGCCUGCCCAGUUGAAAUUACUGUCAUUGGUCGAUUUGGAGUUGGGAUUGGACCCAAGAAAUAAUAGCCCUGACAUUCCUCAGGUGCAGGAAGUCAGAGACACUAUGCAAGAACCCCUGACAGAGUAG